CGGGAGAGGCAAACAUCGUCGCGCUGCACUCUCUCUCUCGCACGAACGAUGCCUCGAUUGGCCGCGCGCGCUCUGGCGCUGAUCGCAUCGGCGCAAGCCUUCUACCUGCCUGGGGUGGCGCCGCGCGACUACAUGGACUCGGACAAGGUUGAGAUCCGCGUGCACAAGCUAUCGAGCCCGCGCACCCACCUACCCUUCGACUACUACUCCCUCCCCUUCUGCCGGCCCGACAACCUAGUCAAGCAGGCAGAGAACCUGGGCGAGGUGCUGCACGGCGCCGUGAUCCAGAAUUCGCCGUACGAGGUCUUCAUGGGCCGCUCCGAGUUCCGGAUCGCCUGCCGCGUCGAGCUCACCAAGGCGCAGAAGAUCACCCUCUCGCAGCGCGUGCGGCAGGACUACCGCGUCCACCUGAUCAUGGACAACCUGCCGGCGGCGACGAAGAUGAUCGCCGAGAUGGCGGACGGGACGAAGAAGGACAUGUACGACCGUGGCUUCCGGCUCGGCUUCCUCGGCUCCAAGGACAUCCCCGGCACCGAGCCCACCAAGCCUUACGUCAACAACCAUCUCCGCUUCAUCGUCAAGUACCACCGCUCGGACACCUUUCCGGGCAGCAGGAUCGUGGGGUUCGAGGUCGAGGCGUACUCGGUCAAGCACACCUACGAAGGCCAGUGGGACGAAAAGUCGCCAAAGCUGACGUCGGUGCCGCUCCGUCCCGACCUCGCUCCGAUGCUCGCGUGGUCGAACGAGAUCGUGUACACGUACGACGUGGUGUGGGAGCACUCGCCGAUCGCGUGGGCGAGCCGCUGGGACCUCUACCUCUACAUGGGCGACGACCAGGUCCACUGGUUCUCCAUCCUGAACUCGCUCGUGAUAGUGCUGCUGCUGUCGGGCAUCGUCGCGAUGAUUAUGGUGCGGACGCUGCGGCGGGACCUGGCGGAGUACAACUCGGUGGAGGAGAAGGAGGAGCUGCUCGAGGAGUCGGGCUGGAAGCUCGUGCACGCCGACGUCCUCCGCCCGCCGCCGCUCGCCGCCUGGCUCGCGACCACGAUCGGGACGGGCAUGCAGGUGCUCUGCAUGUCCUUCAUCUCGAUCGCGUGCGCGAUGCUCGGCUUCCUCUCGCCCGCGAACCGCGGAUCGAUGCUGACCGUCUCGCUGCUGCUCUUCGCCCUGAUGGGCGUCGCCGCCGGCUACUGCGCCGCCCUCGCCUACAAGGCUUUCAAGGGCGCGCAGUGGAAGUCGCUCACGCUGCUCACCGCCUUCCUCUUCCCCGGCAUCGUGCUCGGAGUCAUGUUCGUCCUCAACUUCUUCAUCUGGGGACAGCACUCCUCCGGCGCCGUCCCCUUCGGAACCAUGUUUGCCGUGCUGUUCCUCAUCUCCUUCCCUCUCGUCUGGGUGGGCGUCUGGCUCGGCUACCGCGGCACGCUCAAGGACCCGCCCGUCAAGACCAACAUGGUCCCGCGCGUCAUCCCCUCCCAGGCCUGGUACCUCCACCCCCUCUUCACGAUGCUCAUCGGCGGCAUCCUGCCGUUUGGCGCCGUCUUCAUCGAGCUCUACUUCAUCAUGUCCUCCAUCUGGCUGCAGCGCUUCUACUACGUGUUUGGCUUCCUGGCGCUCGUGCUGCUCAUCCUCAUCAUCACCUGUGCCGAGAUGGCCAUCGUGCUCUGCUACUUCCAGCUCUGCAACGAAAACUACCUCUGGCAGUGGCGCUCCUUCCUCAACACGGGCUCCGCCGGCCUCUUCCUCUUCGGCUACUCGUUUGUCUACUUCUCGUCGACGCUCGAAAUCAUGGGCUUCGUCUCGACGAUGCUCUACUUUUCGUACAUGUUCAUCUGCUCGCUCCUCUUUGGGGUCACCACGGGCACCAUCGGCUUCGUCGCCUCGUGGUGGUUUGUGCUCCAGAUUUACGGCGCUGUCAAGGUGGAUUAAGACAUGGAGGGCGAGUGCCGCUCCUCCUCUACGCGAGCUGUGCGAGCUGUGGGGCGCGUAGAGGAGGAGCGCGGUGCGUUGGGGAGGCCGCCGCGCCGCGCACCAGGGCGCGGGGGGUAUGUGCGGCGUACGGUACACCUAGGAGAGACCUAGACCUGUGAGAGCGCGCGGCGCGCGAGCGCAGCAGAGAGACGAGAGUGAGAGACACGCGUAUAGCGGCGCGAAGAAAGAGCACGUGUGGUCUUGUGUGAUUGACAGCUGCUUUCCCCGCGAAACCGGUCGCCUGGUUU